CCACACAGGCUGCCGUGCUCCUCUGGUUGCUAAGCGACAGAAGAAUCCAGGGUCCUGGCGGCGGCGAGUUUCUCCCCAGCGAAUCAUGUCAGCCCGAUGCUGUUCCUUAUAAAGACCAGUACCCAGCAGCUGGUCAAGGUCCAGAUUGUGUUCCUACAGAACCCACAGAAUCAGCUUGACUCAGCAGCAACCAAGUCAUGCCUCCACAGUUCAGCGGUCCUGCCUCAGCAGUCUGGUUCUCCUCCUCCUCAGUCACAGUUCUUCCCGCCGGCUAAAGACGUCAUGCUGCCAACAGGAAGUUUCAACAACAGAGUGGCAUUUAUCACAGGAGGAGGGACGGGACUCGGCCGGGCCAUGACCACCACUCUGUCAAAGCUGGGAGCUCAGUGUGUCAUUGCCUCCAGGAAGUUGGACGUCCUGCAGCAAACAGCCGAGGAGAUCAGCAGCCAGACUGGAAACAAGGUCCAUGCUGUGCAGUGUGAUGUCAGAGAUCCUCAGGCUGUCUCUGUUUGUGUUGACCAGAUGGAAACCCUGACAGGACUGCCUGAUGUGAUCAUCAACAACGCAGCAGGAAACUUUGUGUGUCCGUCAGAACGUCUGUCGCCAAAUGGCUGGAAGAGCAUCACAGAUAUUGUCCUGAACGGAACGGCAUUCAUCACCCUGGAGCUCGGCAAGAGACUCAUCAAGAGUCAGAGAGGUGCGUCCUUCCUGGCUAUCACGACCAUCUAUGCUGAGUCUGGUUCUGGUUUUGUUGUCCCGAGUGCAUCAGCAAAGGCUGGAGUCGAGGCGCUCUACAAGUCUCUGGCUGCAGAGUGGGGUCGUUACGGCCACAGGUUCAACAUCAUCCAGCCUGGGCCAAUCAGAACAAAGGGAGCGUUCAGCCGUCUAGACCCAACAGGAGCCUUUGAGAAGGCGAUGAUCGGCCGGAUCCCAACAGGUCGACUCGGAACACCUGAAGAAAUAGCAAACCUGGCAGCGUACAUGAGCAGCGACUUUGCUACAUGGAUGUCUGGAGCUGUGAUUCGGUUUGAUGGAGGAGAAUAUGUGUCAAUGGCCGGAGAGUUUAACGAACUUCGCAGAGUGACUCCAGAUCAGUGGAAGAUGAUGGAGGCGAUGAUCAGAAACACUAAAGGAUCUUAAAUCUACUACAACAAUCCUCAUUCGACCACAACAGCCACUCUGAUCACAGUGUGCUCGUCGACCCACCCGCUAGCUGCUGCUGAUGAGGAGCGAAUCUGACCGAUGUGCUGUGUAUGGUACUAAACAAUUGAUCUGUGAUUAUGACUACAGCUUCACCAACAGAACUGGUGGGACUGUCAUGUGACUAACCACACAUGCUCAGUGUAAACACACAGAUGUUUCAGUUUGAUACUAACAGUUUAACUAGACUGGUUAAUUGUUGUGUGUAGAGACAAGACAAAUUCACAGCCUCACGGUGAUGGUGUAUAAAACGUCAGGAGUUUUCCUGUGGUCACUGAAGAUGAGUUCAAGUCUAAGUGUUAUCUGUACCUCAUUUACUGCAAAUCACUCCACUUAUAUGUCAUAUCUUAUCUCUCAACUGUUAAAAUGUGUGAAAAAAGCUUUGAGGAUGGAUUAAAAACUGAUAUUAAAUGCUUCA